AUGGCAGGUGCGCGCGUUGACCCUGACUGCGGAACAAGAGAAGAGGACUGGUUCGAUCCGGACGCAGACUCCGAUGCAGAUGAUUACGCUCAGAAUAUGGAGCGUACUGUCAACGAUGCCGUCCCGCAAUCCUUGUACGACAAGGCUCGAGACCAACAAGACCAGUUAACGCAGGAAGAGCGCAAUAUUUUGCUUGGCCGUAACGACGUGAUCGGAAGAGCGCUCGCCCAGCCAGACUCUCUUACGGCUGAGGAUAUCCAUGACCUGUUUUGCUGGCCACCGCCAGACGUGGCGCGUAACAAUAUCGAACGCGCCACGGCUGGAACACUCAGCACGCCUGUUGAGGUCUACGCCAAGGCCAGAGAGGCAAUAGAUGGCGGGCGUUUUCAGACGAUGACGAAUGCCGAAGAGGUUCAGCUCCUUACGAAUGGAUUUCACGAAAAGAUCGAUGGUUCAUACCCGGCAAGGUACAUGGCAGCUUUUCAUUCUCCAGGAUACGGGCAUGCCGUCAAUCUGAUAGCAAGAAGGCUCAUACCGGACCUUAUCUCAGUCACUCAGGCAGCCGCCAGCCGCCAGUUUCCGCCGAGGGCGUCGAGCCAACCUGUAGCAAUAGCGACUCCAAUCUCACAAGCUGAUUUUCAAGGAGGGCCUUGGCCACCUGCAUCGGCUGUGGAGUUACGCUCUGCCAUGCAGAUAUUCAUGAACGACAGCAAUAUCAGAGGCCACGAUAGUGGGCUGCAGUGGUCUGCUUUACCCGAGGCCGAAAAGGAGACCUAUCGCACGCGAUCUGAAGCGAUCCGCCGCGAGGCCUGGGCCUGGUUUGACACAGCGAUAGCCGAGGACCCAGAUCGCUUCAACCCCAAUCGCGUUGCACCAAAUCGCGUGCCACUUGAAGUGCAUGUGCCUCAGACAGAGGGCGGGAAACAGCGGUAUCAGGACGUCGCACGGGAACGGGACUUCUGCCGAAGAUACGAGAAACAGGUAUACGGAAUGCCCAAGAUAAUCACAGGUCUUGGAUUAUUCUGCGACGAGAGGAGUGUGGGAACAGGCUCUCAAGAGUUUCAUGAGGCAUUGCAAAUUUGGCGAGCCAUGUCUCAGGAGCAAAGAGAUAAGUACAACGAAGAGGCCAAGUUACUCAAGGCCAAUGCCCAGGCUGCCCAUCGCUAG